CAAAUGACGGUUGCUAGUAGUUUUAUUUGUUUCGAAUCACAAAAUUAACAUUUUUAAGAAGAGAAUCUUUGAUAAAAGUGCAGAAAAAUGAUAAGCAAAGUCGUUGUUUUUCUUUCCAUAUUGGUAACGGUGGCACUAUCCAUUGAUUAUUGCGAAGAUUACUUAUGCGAGGGAAGGAAACAUAUUGGCUGCAAAAACGAUGGGAAAUUCGGCAAGAGCUGCCCUCCAAAUGCUGAGCUCAUUAAGUUUACCGAUAAACUAAAAACAUUGGCAUUGAGUACACAUAACAAUUAUCGUAAUCAAAUUGCUCUCGGCGAAAUAAAAGGUUAUGACAAGGCCGCUCGAAUGGCAACACUGGUAUGGCAUGAUGAACUGGCCAAACUAGCAGAGUAUAAUGUGCGCACAUGCACUUUUGGCCAUGACGAAUGUCGAAAUACCGAUAAAUUUCCAUAUGCUGGUCAAAAUCUCGGAAUAUUGAUUAAAAAGAAAACGUUUCCAACGCCUGAAGAAAUGAUUAAAAAAAUAACGAAAGGCUGGUUUGAUGAAUACGCCGAUGCGGACAAGAAUAUCAUGAAAAGUUAUCAACCAAAUGGCAAAAUGAUUGGCCAUUUUACGCAAUUAGUUCGAGACCAGGCGUUUGCUGUUGGUUGUGCAAUGAUUAAAUUCAAAUCAGGGGAAUACUCUACAAUCUAUGGCUGCGACUAUUCAUUGACAAGUAUUAAAAGCUAUCCAAUCUAUGAUACUUCUUCAAAACCUGCGUCUAAUUGCACAAAAGGAGCACAUAAACAAUUCAAAGGACUUUGUAGCAUCAACGAAAUUUAUGACAACAAUGAUUUAUUUUAUUCUUAUGAUUGAAUUUUUCCUUUAUUUAGCUCAGAAAU